AUGCCUAUCCAGGGAAUUCCAACUGUGGCCACCAGCCGAAAUGGCGUUGGCGCGUUUAUCCUCCAGUGUAAACGGCUCGAUUUCCAUUAUUGCGACUGGGCUGGUAGCUCAAGAGGAAUGAACGCAUUCCUUAAAUACACUCUUCCCUCCUUCGCUGCCGCGAACCCCCAAAUAGAAAUCCGCGUCUCCCCACGACCGAAAAAACACCCCGUAAUCAAGGGCUACUACAUCAAUGGACGUGAAAAGGCCAUCUGCGUUCGUAAUCUGGAGAAGGAGCAGAUACUUGCCAAGGCAACAUUGCUCAAGGAGGCGAACGGGGAGAAGCUGAAGAGAGUCAGGAAGCCCGUGUGUAGUUUGAAUGAGAGUGUGAGAGGUGUUUGGAGUCCUUAUCAUGGCGAUGUGAAGACGAUAUGA